GUUGACAUGUGAAUUCGCGUGGUCUUGUCGUGCAGCUGGUUUAAUUUAGUUUGGUUGGUUUUGCAGAUAUUAUUUUAAGUGUUGGUUUGGUUUCUCAAAACCCGUAGUAAAACUCACAGUCAAAUGAAAUAUUUUCCUACACUUUUCAUUAUUUUUAAAUAGUACCACUAUUAGGUGUAGUACCGGUGUUAAGGUACAGAUCCCUAGUUUGCAAGUGAAUAAAACACAAGAUAUGGAUGAAGAAAAGAAGGUUAUGUUUCAUGAAAUGGAGUUAGAUGAUCGGCUUCUAAAGGCUAUAUCCCAGUUAUCGUGGAGUGAACCCACGUUGAUUCAAGCUACAGCUAUUCCUCUGUUGUUGGAGGGUAAAGAUGUUCUCAUGCGUGCUCGCACUGGGUCAGGAAAGACCGCAGCGUUUACCAUCCCGGUUAUCCAGAAGAUUCUGAACUUGAAGAAUACCAGCCGCCAUCAAAGCAUCAGAGCUUUGGUGUUGUCGCCUAGCAAGGAGUUAUGUGGGCAGAUUGCUUCUGUGAUUCGUGAUUUAACCCUCAAAUGUGCCAGGGAAGUAAGAUUUGUCGAUAUAUCAUCAAGUGGGGACAUGCAAAUACAAAAGUCCCUAUUAAUGGACAAGCCGGAUAUAGUUGUGUCGACUCCAUCACGGGCACUUGCGCAUCUAAAGGCUAACAACAUGAGGCUGAAGGAAGAUCUGGCUAUGUUGGUUGUGGAUGAGGCAGACUUGAUAUUCUCGUUUGGAUAUGAAGCUGAAAUUAAAGAGUUGUUAAGCCAUUUACCAAAGAUAUACCAAGCAGUGCUUGCAUCAGCCACAUUAUCCGAUGAUGUGUUAAGUCUAAAGAAGAUUGUUCUCCGUAACCCUGUCACGCUGAAACUGGAAGAGCCUGAACUCGCGCCAUCUUCACAACUCCAGCAUUACCACUUGUUUGCGGAAGAAGAUGAUAAGGCGGCCAUCUUGUAUGCUCUGCUCAAGUUGAACCUGGUCAGAGGAAAGAGUAUCAUAUUUGUGAGGACUGUGGAUAGGUGCUAUAAAUUAAAAUUAUACCUGGAACAGUUCAAAAUCGGCUCAUGCGUGCUGAAUUCUGAAUUGCCCGCCGCCGUGCGCUGCCUCUCCGUGGACCAAUUCAACCGGGGACGGUACCAGAUCAUCAUAGCAUCGGACGAGAAGGCCUUGGAGAAACCCGACGGAGGCAUUCUGCCUAUUGAAGAGAGAGCCAAGAAGAAAAAGCAAGCGUCGAAGCGCAAGAGAGACAAAGAAUCCGGCGUCUCGCGCGGUAUAGACUUUCAGCACGUCUCCAACGUUAUCAACUUCGACUUCCCUCUCGACGUCAACUCUUACGUGCACAGAGCUGGCAGGACGGCCCGGGGGAACAACCAGGGAUCAGUGUUGUCUUUUGUCUCAAUCCGUGAGAAGCCACUGAUGGACGCUGUGGAGUCACAUUUGGCGAAAGGUUUCAACAGUCAAAAGGUUUUACAGAAGUACGAAUUCGCACUGGAAGAAGUGGAGGGGUUCAGGUACAGGAGUCGGGACGCCUGGCGCGCCGUGACCAGGAUCGCGGUGAGGGAGGCCAGGCUGAAGGAGAUCAAGCAGGAGCUCAUCAACUGCAAGAAGCUGCAGGGUUACUUCGAAGAGAACCCCACUGACUUAGCGGCUCUCAGGCGGGACAAGGCACUGCACACGGUCAAACUCCAAGAACACCUGGCCCACAUACCGGAGUACCUGCUGCCGGCCGCGCUGAGGCACGAGGAGCCGGAAGCCGAUCAGGAGAUCACCGAGGCCCCGGUUAAGAAGAAGACCAAGAAGAAUUACCAGAACGUCAGGACGUUGAAACGACUGGCGCGCCAGAGUAAUCCGCUGCGGAGUCUGGAGCUGAAGACGAAGAGUUCCACCGCCAGCACCGCCGGCACCACGUAGCAUCCUGUUAGUAUCUGAAGAGUGGAAGAGUGGCCGUUUGAAAUUGAUUUAUCAAAAUUUGUUUUUAUACAUACACACACACAUACAUAUAAUCACGUCUAUAUCCCUUGCGGGUUAGACAGAGCCAACAGUCUUGUAAAGACUGAUAGGCCACGUUCAGAGCUAUUUGGCUUUAAGAUAGAAUGGGCUAGCAACCUGUCACUAUUUGAAUCUCAAUUCUAUCAUUAAGCCAAACAGCUGAACGUGGCCAUUCAGUCUUUUAAAGACUGUUGGCUCUGUCUACCUCGCACGGGAUAUAGACGUGACCAUAUGUAUGUAUGUAUAUAUGUUGUUGCAGAUUGUAUGUGUAGUGUUUCAUACAAAUUCAAAUGUUACGAAAUGUCUUACGCUCCGCCUCCGAAUCUUGUAUGCAAUAACUAAGCAACAUUCCAUACAAAAGAUAUGCGUUGUGUGUCAUUUUUAAAACCACCUUCAAAAAAGGCAAGAUGAUUCUCAGUUUGACCUGUUUGUAUGUAUGUUUGUCCGCGAUUAUCAUAAUCAUAAUCAUUUAUUCCUUGAUCGCUUAUCUCACAUUUCGCUGAACCGAUUUUGAUGCGGUUUUCAGGAAAGUGUUUAGAACAAGUUAAACAAACAUACACCAAACCUCCAAGUAAGGUCUCUUAAGUAGGAGAAGGUUUAAGAAAUGUAACCGACUUCAAAAAAAGAGGAUAUCGAUUCGAGGUGGUUCUCUUUUUACAAAAGUUAUUGUAUGUUUUUUUUAACGUUAGGCAUUCAUAUUAUUUGCGGUUGUCUAUGUCUUAUGUUAGGUAUCACCAAAUGCAGGCCAGAAAGUCAUCGCGUGAUGAUUGAAAUUCACAUUUCAAUAUGGCUGGAGUUUUAAGUCUAGACAUUGCAAAUGAACUUUAAUGUCAACGCUAACGCAUUAGAGAGUAAUAAUUAUGGUUAUUUGUGUUAUUUUUUUUUAUCAAAAAGCUAUGUUUUUCUAGAAAAUAAAGUGUCUCAUGU